AUGCGCCCUGCUCUGCGACAGACCAGGACGCUGCUGAACCACGACGCCCUGCAGGCCUCCAUACCCGCCUUCCUCUGCCCUGCCCUGCUGAGGAGCUCGACACCCACGCCUCGCCGCCGUGCACAGCCAGCACGAGCACGACCAGCUCAGGCAGCGCGCCCUUUCUCCACCGCCCUCGGACGGGCGCAACAGGAGGCUCCAGCUCCCCAGCUCCCGUGCACCGAGGCCGCCGAAAGCCAGCCCCCGAACGCGCCCUCGGAAAGCACUCGCCCAGAGAGGAGGUCGCUGCCCAGAGCCUGUCCAGGAUGCGGUGCGCCCACGCAGCUGCUCGACAAAAAAGAGGCAGGGUACUACAACAUCGAUAGGAGCGCAGUGCGCGGCUAUCUCCACUGGGACCCCGCCAAGGUCCAAGAAGCCACGCAAGCAGACAACGUCUACGCCCAAGCGCUGAGAGAUGCCAAUCCCGAGCUGCUGGAAGAGUUGGGUGUGCUCGAUGCGGCCACCACCACCGAGGCACUCUCGCCAGACACGCCCGUGUGCGACCGCUGCCACAACCUGAUCCACCACAGCAUAGGCACGCCCAUCCACCAUCCCACCGUCGACUCUAUCCAGCAGACCAUCGCCGAGUCGCCGCACCGUCGCAACCACAUCUACCAUGUCGUCGACGCCGCCGACUUCCCGCUGUCCAUCAUCCCCAACCUCCAGUCCUCACUCCGCAUCCCCAAGCUGCGAACACAGAACCGUCGAGCGAAGCACAAGGGAUGGGUAGCAAACGACCGCAUCGCAGAAGUAAGCUUCAUCAUCACAAGAGCGGAUCUUCUGGCGCCAAAGAAGGAGCAGGUAGACACGCUCAUGCCCUACAUAACCGAAGUGCUCCGCGAUGCACUGGGCCGAGACAACAGCAAGGCGCGUCUGGGGAAUGUAAGGCUCGUCAGCGCAAAGCGAGGAUGGUGGACACGGCAAGUCAAAGACGAUAUUUGGGAGCGCGGCGGCGCAGGCUGGAUGGUCGGCAAAGUCAACGUCGGCAAGUCCAACCUCUUCGAAGCCGUCUUCCCCAAAGGCCGCGGCGCCGAUUACCAAGAUGUGCGCAAGAUUCGCAGUGCCGCAGAGCGUGAAGCUAUGCUCAACGCUGCGCAAUCCCUUGACGACCUGACAAAGGUACAAAAACAACUUGCAGACGAAGACGCCGAGGCCGAACGCCACAACAAGAAACCGAACCAACACGUCCAUCAACCCCCCCGAGCCCUCGAGCGCGACCCCAAAGAAGAGGAGCACGAGGAAGAGGAUCCAGAUGCGCUACUGCCGCCGCCACAGCCAUACACACCCUACCCUGUCCUCCCCAUCGCCUCCUCCCUCCCUGGCACGACCGCCUCCCCAAUCCGUAUCCCCUUCGGUAACAAUCGGGGCGAGCUGGUCGACCUCCCCGGUCUUGCACGAACAACGCCCGGGCUAGAAACUUUUGUCCAGCCUGCUCACCACCAAGACCUGAUCAUGACGAAUCGCCUCAACGCUGAACGCUUCUCACUCAAACCAGGCCAGAGUCUGAUCCUUGGCGGAGGGCUGAUCAGAAUUACACCUGUGACUGAGGAUCUCAUAUUCCUAGUCCAUCCCUUCGUGCCCAUCCACGCACACAUAACACGCACCGAAAAAGCGCAAGCCUACCAGACGCAGACCUCGGACCGGCAACUGCAAGUCCCUCCCAUCCUCGCGCCCUCGGUUGGCGACAAGAUGAACUCCGCAGGCCGAUUUCAACUGCGCUGGGACGUCACCAAGAAGCUCGCCGGCCCGCUUACAAGCAGCGUGGCGGCGAAGAUGAAACCCGAGAACCUCCCCUUCCGCAUCUGGAGCACCGACAUCCUGAUCGAAGGCGUUGGGUGGGUGGAGAUCAGUGCGCAGACCAGACGGCCCCAGGGUUGGAAGCCCGUGGGGAUGAAGAAGAAGGACCCCAACCACGCGCGGCACGAGCGCGAGAAGAGCCUGCGCGAGGAGAGAGAGUACAAGGACCGCAAGUUCUCGGCCAUUGCCAAAGCGGAGCGCGACGGCGACGAUGUAGACGAUGCGCUGAGUCGCGAGUUUGCCAAGGACGCUGCCAGCGCUGCAGACAACGGUGCUUCCGGCGACGAAAUGGCCGAGUGGGAGGACGUGUACCCUGAGGUCGAGGUCUUCUCGCCGCAUGGCAAGUUUGUCGGCGCCCGCAGGCCCAUGUGCGCCAGUACUGUCAUGGGGCCCAAGAGUGUGAGUAGCCGUGAGAGAGUGGCUAGGCCGCGCAGGAGCAUGGUGAGCGUGAAGCGGCAGCGACGGCCGGCGGAGAGGUGA